CAGAUCACAUCGUGCUUCCGGCGAUAAAUUGUUUGACUGUACAUUGAAAAAUUCAUGAAUUUAUGAACUUGUAUGCCAUUUUAGAUUUAAAUAUCUUGAUAUACUUCUUUUAAGACACCUUAAAUUUUAUGUAUUAUACAAGACAACACUACAAUUUAGUAUAUCAUGACGCUGCUAGCCGGCAUCUUGGCAUGAAAAUAAUUUCAUGAAUACAAUUCAAGCAGUGCAUGAAUGAAUUUGACAGCAUGGACGAGUUGACAGCUAAACUUGCCUGUGACUUUUCUGUCAGUAGUGAUCCAAAUAGCACAGCUGCUGUUCAUCCCAGGUUUUCACAGUACAAAAGUAGAAAUCGUAUUGACCAGGAAACCAGACGAAAUAGGAUAUUAGAAGAACAAAAGAAGCACAGAUUUGAUUAUUUGAGUCAUGUGCGGAACCUUUCAGAGGGACAAUGGGAUAAUGCUGAUGCAGAAUCUGUUGACUCUCAGGAAUCAAUGGAUAUACAAGUGACAGAUGAAAAUGUCAAUAUUAGACGUCCUGGAAAAUAUUAUAGAAAUCAGUUAAUGUAUUCUGAAUGGUUAGUAGAAGUACCAGAUGAUUUUGUGGAGAAUUAUUUAACAGUUGUGUGUCCUGUUGGUAAAAGAUGUUUGGUUAUAGCUUCAAGGGGGAAAACAACUGCUUAUGCUAAAAGUGGAUACCAGGUAGCUCAGUUUCGGUCCCAAUUUCCUGGUGGUAACAAAAGCACUUUUAAAGAUAAUGCUAUUCUUGACUGUAUAUUCAACGAAGCUGAGGGUAUAUACUACAUACUAGAUAUUAUGUGUUGGAAGAACCAUCCUAUUUAUGACAGUGAGACUGAAUUCAGAUUUUUUUGGUUGAACAGUAAAAUGUCAGAAACAUCAGAAGUGAUGACAAAGUCAGAGAGUAAUCCAUAUAGAUUUUUGCCUUUAUCAAACUGUCCACCUUCAAAGGAAGCCAUCGGUGCAGCAGUUGCAGGAGCAGCAUUUGAGGUGGAUGGAUUGUUAUUUUAUCAUAAGAGAACACAUUAUACAUUUGGUUCAACUCCUCUUGUAGUCUGGCUUAAACCAUACAUGCUUCCUGAAAUUCUAGGCAUGACUGUUCCAGAAAAACUUGCAGCACAAAAACCUGACAAUUACACCACAUAUGCUGCUCAUAUGGAACAGGUUGCCAUAGACAAGGAAAAAAAAGAGGUUGAAAUUAAGGCUAAAAAGGAAGCAAGACAAAAAGAAUUUAAGGAAAAAGGAGAAAAAAUGGAAACAACAGGUGAAAAGGUGAAGAAAAAGAAAGGAAGAAGAAAUAAUCGACAGCAGCAACAACAACAAAAUCAGGGCUACGAUUACAGUGGCUAUGGAUAUGGUAAUCAGGAUUAUUACGGAUAUCAGGACUAUUACUAUGAUGACCAAUAUGGAGAUAAAAAGGAAGAUGAAAUGGAACUGAUGCAGUCUGAAUGGAUGACAGCUUUACCAGAGAAAUUUGAAACAGAUUGGUUUAUGAUAGCUUGUCCAACGGGAAAAAGACAAAUGGUUAUGUCUGGAAUGGGUACAACCUGCUCACAGAAUAAGAUGGGGAUGGUGAUGGAUGGGUUUAGAUCCCUCUUACCUGGAGGCAAUCCUAGUAAUUCUAGAGGGUCAUGUAUCCUAGAUUGUAUAUAUAAUAAAAGUGAAAACACGUUCUAUAUUAUUGAUGUCAUGUACUGGAAAGAUCAAAAUCUCCAGGAUUGUGAGGCUGAUUUCCGAUAUUUCUGGCUGAAACAAAGACUGAAUGAUGAGAGGCUAUGGUUAGAUAGAGUUUCAAAGUUAAACGAACACAAUUUUAUUAUGGUAAAUGAUGUGCCAUGUACAAAGAAGGCAAUAGAAGAGGAAAUAAAUAGUGUAACAUAUCAGAUCGAUGGAUUAUUAUUUUACAAGAGGUCAUCUCCUUAUAUAAAUGGUGUGACAGGUGAUUGUUUAUGGUUGAAGCCUCACAUGUUGCUUGACUUAAUGGAUGAAGACAUGAAAAUUCCAGAAUUUCAAUUGUCAAGAAGACCAGCAAUGUUCAAAUUUGAAGAACACUUAGAGAAAGUGAAAAAAGAAAAAGAAGAAGGAAAAAAUAAAUCAAAGCCAAGAUGGGCAAAGAAGCCCAAGGCAAACAUUAGUCAAUUGGUGGAUGAAAUAAGUCAGUUAUACAUUGAGAAAAGAGGUGGACAUAUACCUGAAGGAGUAACAUACAAUCCUCCACCACCUGGGCAAGAGUUUAAACUGGGUGCUAUUGGAACUGGGAGAGGACGUGGCAAAGGUAAAAAACAAAUUAUCAGCCCUGCUAGAUUUAAUCCUGACCAGUUCCAAAGACAUGGUAAUUAUGUUGGGGCAGAAGAUUAUCAGUAUGAUGGAGAAACAUUUGCUCAUUUGGGAGGAUACCGUGAUCCAAAAACUGACCUGGGCGUAUUAGAUAUGCCAAGGGGUGAAGAGGUAGCACAUCUUGGAGCCUUUCGAGGCUAUGAUGAAUGUCCUGACUUAUACAAUUACCAAGGAUAUGACUAUACUUGGGGUUCAGGGAUGGGUUUAGGGUUGGGUAUGGAUAUGGGGCUUGGUAUGGGAAUGGGUUUGGGUAUGGGUAUGCAACAGACAAGGAAGAAAGGUAUGGGGAGGGGCAUGCUGGGAGUUGGCAUGGGUAUGCCUCAAUACAAUAUGUGGGGAUACAGCAAUGAUAGUAAAAAGACAAGAGGCAAAGGUAGAGGUGGUCUCCUUUCUGACUAUAAGAAAACACAUAAGUGAAAUUUGCAAUAGUUCACUGUGUUUAUUUGUUGCAAGUAAGAUUUAGGAGAACUGAUAUGUUUAUCGUAUGAUUAUCUGCUAGUUAUGUGUUCAAUUAUUUUAACAUCAUGAUAUGUAUUUGGAAAAAUGAUCAUGCUUUGUUCAAAAGUUGAGAAAUAAUUUCAUCUAUACUUUUAUUUCGAAUAAGACAUUUCAGUAACCAUAAGAAUUAUGUAUUUCAUAUAUUUAUACAAGUUAUAAGAAUUUCCUACUGGAAAUCUUCAUAUUGUUGUGGUUGUUUUUUCUAGAACUGUUUAUAAAAAUCGUGUAGAAAAUUCCAAAGACGUGUACUUAUGAAUAUACAGAAAGAUGCUAACUUCAUAUAUUAUAGAUUUAUCCUAAAAUUUUUCUGGAAAAGAGUUCAAUGUAUAUACAUUCAAAAUUUAAUUUAAAAGAUAUAGGUUACCGGACUUUUUAAGAAGAAAUUUUGUGAUCAAGUGAGGGGGUAUAAAGAGAAGCAUUAUUUGGUCCAAGAAAUUGAAAAUAUAGUAAAAUUCCUGAAUCAAAGUUAUGUUUAUACUUUUAUUGAUAAAUGAAAAUGGAUGGUCAUUUUACAUGUAGUUUCGGGUAAAAUUAUAUAUAAGCAACAAUCUUACCAUUACAUAUAUACCUUACUCACAUCAACGUCUUAGUAUAAGAAAUGGGUAGAUCUUUUCAGGAAAGGUUUUUGAUAUUUUUUUGAUUUUGAUGACAAGAUCAUACAUUUGAGAAAUAAUGCAUAGGGUGUUAUAGUUAUUUAAUAUCUAUAUUUGAAUAUUAGCUGAUUUGAUGUAUUGCAUUAAGAAAUCUUAUAAUUAUGGGUAAAACCUAAACCAUUUUUGUACUUGGAGAUCAAUGUAUUAUUAUGUCAUAAUGAGUUCAAAUUAGAUAUACAAUAAAAGCACUUUAAUGAGUAUAUUGAAAUAAAUUUUAUAAAAUUUAAAUCUAUAUUGCACUUUUAAGAAGGUUGAUUUAAUGUAUAAAUAUCUUUUUGAGAAAAAUAUAAUUCAGUCAUGUGUUUAUGGGGGAUGACAAAGUUUAAGAGAGGAAACAGUGUAUAAUUUCCAUGUUUUUCUAUGUCAUUAGUAUUGAUUGUACAUUUCACUGAAUAUUAUUAUGUAUGAAUGGAUUUUUUUUUAAGGUACUGUUUAUAAUUGUGUUAAAUUAAGAGGCAAAUGAGAAGUUGUCUUUCAAUUUCUUGCACAGUCUAUGGAUGAAAGGGAAACAUGUAAGGAUUUUAGGAUGAAUUAAUCUGUCUUUAUUAAUUGUCAAUAAAAGUUACAGAACUUUCAGUCUAAUGAGCAAAAGAACAACCAACCUGCACUACAAAAAAAUAUUUUUUAUAGAACAAAUAGAGGAGUAUUUGAUAAGACCCUAAAGUUUGACCCUAAUCUUUUUACAGAUUUAUCCUAUAACAGAAUUGAUUGAAAGUUGUACCAGUUUUUUACAUCUGAAACUUACUUAAUACUUUUUAGAAAAUUACUGAUGAUCUAUUUACAUAUGAUUAUGUCAGCAUUAUAAGUUUCCAUUGGUGGAUCAAGGAAUUCAAUUGGGGGUGGGGGGCUGAAGAACCAUUAAAAAAUUUGGCCUUAAAGGGGGAAGGGGUCCUAACAGUCAGAAAAAUGUACUAAAACAUAAAAGAUCAGAUUAAAGGUGGAUACAGUCCCGUACCUGGGUCCACCCAAAGUUUGGGUAUUUUAUAUGGACUUAUUACUAAGGGUCAGUAUAUAUUAAAACCUGCAUAAAGAUCACUGAUGAAUAUUUCAGCUAAAUUAGAAAGCGGAAGUGAAAGUUGUUAUAUUUGACUAUAUAUUAACCAGAAAAGAACAAAUUCAAAUAUUUUCACGUAUAGAGCUUCUGUAAAUCAUUCAGCCUGAUCAUAUAUUGUCAUGAAAUGUAAACUGCAACUUUACCGUCCUUUAUGAUCAGUUUUUUCUAAGCUUAAUUUGACAUAUGGUCUGAAAGACAGGAAGUUUCAGAGGUGGAGGGGAAUAAUUGAAACAAGGUUUUAAGAUUUUCAAGAGUUUAGGACCACUGUAAUAGAACAUGCUGUAUUGUUCUAUGAUACCACAUUGAUUAUUUAUGGUAUACUGUCAUGGCAGAUAUUUGAAAAUAUACACACUAUACAGAUGAGUUUUAUCACAGUUUAUGAUGAAAAUUAUUGAAGUGAUCAAACUAGAUAAACAGAUUUCAAUAAACCAUGUAUUUGAUUCACCAAAUUUUAUUGAUUGACUAGUUUCAUAUUUGAUACUUUUGACUUUCAGUUUAAUGUUGCUAUGUUGUAAUAAAUAGUGUUCAUAAAUUGUAAACCAAAGAUUUAAGAAGUAGGUAAUCAUUUUGAUAUGGGAAAUUUGUAUAUUAAAAUAAAUGUAUAAAUUCACUCUUGUCAUAUGGUAACUGAACAGAAAUAUUUUACCAUUUUGUUCAAAACUUUUGGGAUACAAUGACAAACAUUUCAAAAAUAAGUAACUUUCAGACACACAUCUCAAAAACCUAUGAUAACAAAUAUAAGUGACAUUUCAAAAAUUCAAAAUCUGUUCCCUUGUAUUAUGAAACAAUGCUUUUCAGCAGUAUUUAUGGCACUUUAUCCUACAUUUCAUGCUUGAACAACUUUGGUAUUUCAUGUAUUGAAUGGGAAUUCACUGCUACAGUCCUUCCUCUAUUGAACAAUGCACUGUGACCUAUGUUUUACUUGUAGUUUUCAGUGCCUUGGUUCUUUACAAACAUAUUAUCUAAUUUUAAUGAUUAUUUUAUAAUGGAUGAGAAAAUAGGUAGUUUGGUGAUUUUUGUUAGAGGGUUUUUUUUGUUUGUUUUAAUGUGUAUUAAUAUGAAUUGUUUUUGUUAAUUUUAUUAUUUUGUACAAUAAUGAUUGCUUGUUUUGCCGGUUUGUAAUCUUUAAACUUUAAAACAUGUUUGCUGCCCUAAUGGAAGAAACACUUAUCACAUAAGAUACAUACAUGUAUUCUUUUGUGCUCAGUAGCCUUGCACUAGUUGGUGUCUUACAUUAGGCAUGAAUACAAUCAUCAUCAAUUUACCUUAUGAAAUUUUCAAGUUUUUAUAUUGUCCUAUUAUAAAUGUUAACCAACAUUAAUUCUUUAAUUUAAAAAUGCUGAUACAAUAAAUUCCACAAUGAAAUAGGGAAAAACUUGUUUUCAUUUAGAAUUGUUAAAUUAAAACUGCAUAUUUAAUUGGGUUUGAUAUGUCUUAUUAGCAGCAGCAGAGUUAAUAUUUCACCAUAUUUUGAUAAGUUUUUCCAGUUUUAUAAUUUUUUUUUCAGUUUGAAGAAAUUAGCUUUUAUUUGUUCAUAAGUUAUUUAUUUUGCAUAAAUUUACAGGAUCAUUUGAAACAUGAAAAUUAACCCAAGUUGCUCCCCCUUAAAAAAAAACCCAAAAAACAAAAACAAAACAAAUAAAAACAACAUCCACCAAAAAACAUGAUAUAGCAGGUUGGACCCACAUUUCUAGUUUCACACAACAGUUUUAAGCUGAUUGUAUGACUAUUAAACUGAUUUCAUUUAAUCCUUCAUUGAUGAUAUUUUAUAUGCUGCCAUUAGAAAGAUUUCAUUCAGACAUUGCUAAAAAUGUAUUAUGGCUUCGAAAAGGUAAAAAAAAAAAAUAAAUAUUCAAAUUAAUUGUUCUACACUAAUUUGAUUCCUAGGUUUUAAGUCUUAACCUCUUAGCGAACUUUUACAAAUUGGCAAAUAUGAAAACCAUAGAACUAUGAAAUACAAAUUUUGUUCAUGAAAUUUUCUUCACAGAUGUAAUGAUCCCAUUAAUUGUGUUAUACAUACUUUGUUAGUGCUUUUAAAGGUGCUGAAAGAAGGGGUAGUAUAAUCCUUCUCAUGUUACCAGUAUACAGUUUUUUUCUCUCUCAACUUGUAUGAAAGCAUUAAAUAGUAUUAUGCAAUGUUUUUAGACAAUAUGAUACCUUAACAUUUAAUUGGUGAAAAUUAAAAGUAGAAGAGUUAUACAAAACCAAAUGGGAAUAGUUUUAUAAAACAUUUCUAAUGGACUGUAAUGUAAUCAUUUUUCUUAUUCUUUUGAAUCAAUUAAAGCCUGUUAAUGAGA